UAUGAUUUAGGGUUUCGCCGUAGGGCUCGCUUCAUUGUCACCGGGGACUCUCUUGGAAGAGUUGGGAGGGAAAUAGCGGGGAUCGUCGCUAGAGAGGUGGAUAGCGCGUGACUACGCCACCAGUGGUAUUGAGGAUUUGCGCGGCGUUUUGGUUUUGGGUUCACAAACGCCGUAUCCGCGCCAGUCGCGGCAUUUGCGUAGUCUGUCACAAGGGAAGGGUGGGGUUGUGGUUUAAGGUUUUUUGAGGUGUGUCAGAGAGGUGUGUCGAGGGAACGGGUGGGGAGGAGACAGUUGUUUACGGUGGAGUAGUUAGGAUGGUCGGAAGCGGAAACAAGAAGGGCGAUGGAUUGCCGGCAAUAAGCAGUACGAACAUCUUUGCCGCGCUUGAGAGACGUCGCUCCAAGUCUUCGAGCAGGAGGAAAUUGGAGCGGGAGAAGUCCAAGGGGAAGGAGGAGAGUGGGGAGCCGAAACAGGAGGAGCAGGCGCAGUUCUGGUCGGCGACUCAGGUGUCUGUCAAGUCCUGGGCUGAUUGCGACGAUGAGGAUGACUACUUCGCCACCACUGCGCCACCGCCUGACAUUGAUGUCGCUCCCGUUUCGGAAUCGAAGGAGGCUUUGAGCCAAGGGGAGGAAACAGAAGGUGAUGAAGAUGGAGAAGGAGAAGACGAGGUCGAUGACGAAGUUGAGGAGGAAGCAGAAAAUGAGAGUGUAGCAGCACUAGGGACCGACGAGGCCCCAUUAAAGCCUGAUGUUAUCUUGCCUCCGGUAUUCAGGGAACCAGAGCGACAGCUCUCGAAGAAAGAGAUAAAAAAGAAAGAACUGGCUGCUUUGGAGGCUGUUCUUGCCGAGUUUGGCCUUGAGCCGACUGAAGAGAAAGAUGAAAAUGGAUCUAAUACUCAUGCUGACGACAAGAAAGAAGAGGAGGCUGUUAAUGGAAAUGAGGAAGGAGGGACUGGUGGAGUUCCUACACUCACAAACAGCAAGAGCUCUAAAAGAAGAAAGGCUAAGAAGGAGAAGUCCUUUAAGGAGAGAGACGGAGAUGUACCGCCUACCCCUGACAGUGAGCGGAAGGAAGAAGAGACUGGCGCCAACGAAGUCAGUGAGCCGGUUGAUCCCAAAGAAAUUUUGAAAAGGAUGCAAUCUUUGAAGAAGAAGAAGGCUGGAGACAGCGAUUCAUCAGCAGCUAAGGCUGCUGCCAGAGAAGCAUCUGCCAGGGCUGCGAAACUUGCGGCUGCUAAGAAGAAGGAGAAAAGCCAUUACAAUCAGCAGCCUGUGAGGUGAAUGAAAAGUGUAGAAUAGAGCAGUCUUCAAAGACUAGUACCGUCCCAUGUCUUGUGCAAGGCAGAGGAAGCAGCCAUGACCAUUUUUAAAGUAUUUUCUGGUCCCAUCAUUUGUUUUACCAGAUCGUGAACUUGAGCGUUAAUUCAAUCUUCGGGUUUGUUGCAGUGGGUUGUUACAUAUUUCUAAAGCGAAUUUCCUCUGUUGUAGCUUCUCAUUUUACUUUUAUGUUAUUACUUGUAGUGUUAUCUCUGUUAUCUAGUGGCUCCAGGGUUAGUGUAAGAUGCUGGUAUUCUCAUCAGCUUCCAGUAUGUGCAACAUGUAUAAUCAGACCCUUGAAUCGGCAGAACAGUUGUGAGUAUUAUCUCCAGUGGGAGGGGUCAUGCCUUGUUGCAAUUGUGCCGAUCUAGGAAAAGGUUUACUCCCUAGCUGCUCUUUUGAGGCUUGGGGUCGUUGUUAGGGGUGACUCUGCCUCGUCACAGUUGUGAGAAGGUGGAAGAGAGGUUCAGAUCAUACUUACGUAGGGUCUAAUAUCAGUACCAUUCUUUGGAAACUUGGGAGUAAAGAGCAGACGCGUUACCUUUGAAGAGUGCACAAUUAGGCCUCGUCAGUUUUCUUUGUUAAUAUUCUAGUAUACAUAAAUAGGGAAUACUUUUUGUAAACCUUGAAACUGGUGAAUGCAGUUUACAACCCUAAGUUUGAGUUGCAUUAGGAGUUAAAAACUCA